GCCCCACGGCACAGCCCUGAGCUGCGGGCCGAGCGCUGCCGGAGCGCAGUCAUGUGAUGGACCGAAGAUGGCUGCCGGGGAGCCGUGUGCUGCUGCGGGGAUGAAGGAAGACUUUGAGAUCGUUGACAAAACGCAGGUGCCUGACACAGCCGAGCUGAAAAAUGUGGAAAAAGAAAAGGAGGAAGCGAAGUGGUCCGCUCCCAUCUUAUCGCUGGCAAAGAAAGCCUCCGAAAACCUGGCGCUGAGCUACGGCAGCGCUCUGAAGUCUGCGGCUUCGGUAGGACUCAUAUCCAAAGCAGUCAGCAAUGACAGCACAGCAAAAACAACCGCGAGGCACCACGCCAUGGAGGAGCGCGCCAACCUCAUGAACAUGAUGAAGCUGAGCAUCAAAACCCUGAUCCAGUCGGCCCUGAGCCUGGGCCGCACCCUGGACUCCGACUUCCCUCCUCUGCAGCAGUUCUUCGUGGUGCUGGAGCACUGCCUGAAGCACGGCCUGAAAGCGAAGAAGACCUUUAUUGGACAAAACAAAUCGUUCUUUGGUCCUUUGGAACUAGUGGAAAAGCUUUGUCCUGAAGCAUCAGAUAUAGCAACUAGUGUUAAAAAUCUGCCAGAGCUGAAGACUGCUGUAGGAAGAGGAAGGGCUUGGCUUUAUCUGGCACUCAUGCAAAAGAAACUGGCAGAUUAUCUUAAAGUGCUUUUGGACCAUAAACAUCUGUUGAGUGAAUUUUAUGAACCUGAUGCACUGAUGAUGGAGGAGGAGGGAGCAGUCAUUGUGGGUCUCUUAGUUGGACUGAAUGUUAUUGAUGCCAACCUUUGCUUGAAAGGAGAAGACUUGGAUUCUCAGGUUGGAGUGAUUGAUUUUUCUCUGUACCUUAAGGAAACACAAGACAGUGAUGGCAAACAAGAUGGAGGCAUUACUGCUGUCCUUGACCAGAAGCAUUAUGUAGAAGAACUGAACCGGCAUCUAAGUUGCACAGUCACAGAUCUUCAGAACAAAAUAGACUGCUUAGAAAAGACCAACUCAAAGCUGCAGGAAGAGCUUGCAGCAGCAACUGACCGAAUUGGAUCACUUCAGGAAGAGCAGCAGCAGUUAAAGCAACAAAACGAAUUAAUUCGUGAACGAAGUGAAAAAAGUGUUGAGGUAACAAAAGAGGAUACAAAAGUAGAACUGGAUACUUACCGGCAGACCCGGCAGGGUCUGGAUGAAAUGUACAGUGAUGUCUGGAAGCAGUUGAAAGAAGAAAAAAAAAUUAGGCUGGAACUAGAGAAAGAGUUGGAGCUACAGAUUGGAAUGAAAACAGAAAUGGAAAUAGCCAUGAAGCUUCUGGAAAAAGAUACUCAUGAAAAACAAGAUACCUUGGUUGCACUUCGCCAACAGUUAGAAGAAGUGAAAGCAAUUAACUUGCAGAUGUUUCACAAAUCUCAGAAUGCAGAGUGUUCUUUACAACAGAAAACAGAAGCAAUAUCUUCUUUUGAAGGAAAAACGAAUGAGAUGAUGUCUUCUAUGAAACAAAUGGAAGAGAGGUAA